CAAAAUAUAAAAUGGCUAUCGUUUUGUUUGGAUUUCUAUUUAUUGGAUUUUGUAACAAGUAAAUAUAGAUUGUUUUACUAAUGUAUGCAUAAUAAACAAUAUCGAGACUACAAUAUGUCUACAGAAUAUGGUGCCGAAAUUUCUCUAUUAUUACAAAGUGUAGAAAUACUGAACUGAUAACAUUUGUAACAUUAUGACUACCACUCAAGAGUUCAACUGUAUAUUUUGUAAAGAAACUUUUCAGAGUAAAGAAGAUUUACAAAUACAUUUCAGAAAACAUGGGGAUCCGAAAUUCAAACAGAAUGUCAAAAAUAAAGUACGGCAUGAAAACAAAACAGAGACUAAUGAGAAGUCGAAUGAAGAUGCUGAAAUGGUUAGCUGCGACGUGUGUUCCGAAGCGUUUCCAACAAUUUCAAAAGCGAUAACUCACAAGCACAAGGUGCACCCAGAUCACGAUGCAAAAUAUUUUUGUCCGUGGUGCGGGAAACUAUUCACUAUGAAGCAUUUAUACAACAAACAUUUGAAAGUAAAUCAUGAAAAUGCAGAAGUAUGUUCAAACAGUGAUUUCCAUUGUGAUCCAUGUGGUGUGACAUUCUACAUACCUUCUGCAAUGUUGUACCACAACAAGUUCUUCCAUCGACAAGAUACAGAAAUACCUUCCUUUGGACAGUCAAAAAAAUUAAAGAUGUUUAAUCAGGAAGCAGUACAGAUUUACUACUGUGCAUUUUGUGGAGAAGAAUAUAUUAAUAAAGUUAAUUUACAUAAGCAUAUGAUUGAUGACCAUGGUGACGAAGAUCCAAAUCCUGAAGAUAUAUUACGAUGUCCUCUAUGUGAUGCAAUAUUCUACCAUUUAGAUGCUUAUGAACUACACAUAACUUACCAUAGCAUUGAGGAUAUGUACAGUGAAAAAAACGAUAUGGCGGAUGAAAUAACUGAAUUUUCUUUAGAAACUGUACCACCAGUAAUGGAGAAAAUUGAAAAUGCUGCAGAUGCUGAGAGCGCAAUAAAUGCACUAGGAAUAGAAAAUUUUCUUCAACUAGCAAUAGAUCAACCUGUUGAUGAAGAAAACUUAGAAUUGUCUAAAGAUGAAGACUAUUCAAAAAUUAAACCCAAGAAACAUAAAAAACAUAAGAAAUCAAAAAAAUCUGCCAUAACCCUUGAUGAAUUUUUUAAUAUGAACAAAGAUGUAUUUGGGGACUGCAUUGGUUUUCAAGGAGUUGAGGAAGUUCCAUCGCGGGUAGUAGCAAAACGUCUAAAAGUUAAAAAGGAACCACAGGCAUUACGUAGCGGAACUAAAGCCUCCUCAUCUAAAGAUUUGGAAAAACUAAAAAAACAAGGUAUUAUUGUAAAAAUGAAGUCGGCAAAAAAGCCAGUUAUAGGGACGAAAAUAGUAAAAAACAAAACUAGAAAGUUAUAUGAAGGAGCAGCACCAAUUCAAACCAAUACAAAUAAGGUAAGUAUGUCUAACGAAGUUCUAACAAAAUUAAUAAAUCAGAGCAACAAUGAAAUAAAAAUAGUAAAAAAAUCUGCAAAAAACAACAUUUCCGAGCCACCAACUGAUCAAGCUAUUUUAAUUAAACUACCGCAAUCUGUUUCAAAUGAGUCAAAAGAUGAGCGACUAUUAUCAACUCCCGAAAAGUCGUUCUCCGAAAACAUAGAAGUCGAAUGUGAUCUUAUACCAAAAGACACACCAUCUGAAACAGAAGAGGAAAAAAAUUAUAGGGGCCCUGAUCAUAACUCAGACCUCAAAAUUAGUAAAGAAAUUGAUGAUAAUAUAACACAUGCCAAUAAUUUUUGUAAGACUGAUAAAAUAUCUGAAGAUAUAAUAACCCCACAGGCAGUAGUUGAUAGUAAUAAUAUAAAAUGUGAUUUAAAGCUCGAAAGUAAUUUACUUAAUCAAGAAUUGCAUAAAAAUUGUGAAAGCCCUAAAGAAGAUCGUAAAACUCCUACAAAACCAGAAAAAUGCAUUUCAAAUCCUCUAAAAACGUUACUAAGUGUUAGUCAAGAUAUAACAAUAAAACAUGUGGGUCAAUCAAAUUAUAAUACCAAUGAACAAACUCCUGCUUUCACCAAAAUAAAUGAUAGUAAUCCGUCAGAAGAUAUGACACAUGAUGCUAUAAAAGAAAAAAAUACUGAAAUGAAUAUAGAUGGCAAUACCAAACAGAGUUCUUUGAAAGCACUGAAACAUCUAAGUCAUAUUAUUGUCAAACCGGUUUUACAAACAAAUCUUAUAGAACAAAAAGAAAUAAAUGAAAACAAUGUUUCAAAAGAACCACAUAAUAACUUUGAUUAUAAUGAUAGUGACGAACAUUCUGAAACAGAAACCACAGAAGUCAAAAACUCGAUUAAUAACAGCGAAAAAACUAAAGAUGAAGUAAUAAAUCGUUUGGAUGCUAUGAAAAUUUUAAAUAAAAAUAUUACAAUUAAAUCUUUAGCACAAUCACGAAAAUCGUCUGAACAAGACUUACUCAGAUACGAUGAAGACGAAGAGAGCACAAAUACAAGUCAAAGCACAAAUAAAAGCCCUUCUAUUAUUGUGAACAAAAAUGUAAAAGACAUUUCACAAAAUAAAAAUUACACAACAUCAAAAACUCAGAAACCAGAAGUAUUGGCGAAUUUGAAAGCUGCAAGUCCAAUUAGCAGUCCUCAGUUAAAAAUGAAAACAUCUAAUAACUCAUCUAAAAUAAAAACUGCACAAUCGUUAACAUUACCCGUGAAAGAAAUUGGGACUUAUUCAGAAGAAAAUACAAAUUUACGAUCAAAUGCAGUUCUUUUAAAAAACUUAACAAAUAUUACAGCAAAGUCAGUUAGCAGUAAUGUUAAAAAUGUGGAUCAAUUAAAAAUGAAUAAGACGACUAUGAAACAACAUGUAAAUAUUGCUAGAAAUAAUUCAACAGCUAAUAUUAUUACAAAAGAACAAACAAAUAAAGAAAUAGAGAUAUUUAAUAUUGAUGACUCUGAUAGUGAUGAAGAAAAACAAGAUGAAUAUAAGAAUCAAGCAACUUCUAAGACUUCACAAGGACAACUGAAUUUACCGUACAAUAAAUCAAUUGAUGCAUUAAAGAAUUUAAGCAAACAUAUUACCAUUAAAUCACGUAAUAAACACCAACAAGUAACACAUAAAAAAGAUGUCCCCCAACAUGAUUACAUUGAUAAAAGUGAAGACGUUUAUGAGUCUGACGAAGAAUACUUACAAAGCAAAUCUGACGAAAAAAUAAAAGUAGGUCAGCAAAAUUCUAAAAAUAUUGUUCUCCAAAAUACUUUAAAAAAUUUAAGUAAACACCUUACAAUAAAAUCAGGGAAUUCUUCUCCUUGUCCUUCAGUUAAAUCUCAAGAUCAAAAUACUCAAGAUACCAAUGAUAAAAAUAUGAAUGAUGACGAAUAUGAUUCUGAUUCAUGUUCAAGCAGAGUUAAAAUUACAGAAUUAAAUGAUGAAUGUGAUGUGGCAGUGGACAAUAUUGACUCUAGAGACAAUGAUAACAUGUUUAUUCAAUCCCCUGAUGGAACAUUUAGUGAUCAUGAUAAUAAUGACAAAGAAGAUGACCAAUUUAUAGAUAUUGAAAGUAAAUUGGUAACAAAUACACUAAAAAAAGUUCAUCAAAACAUAACGCCUCGUAAUGAAAACUCAAAUUUGGAAACAUUAAAAAAUAUUAGUAAAAGUAUCACAGUUAAAAGUUUAAAUGAAAAGAAACCACAAAAACAAGAAUCACCUGUUACUAUAAAAGGAGCAACUGCUCUACCAAAUAAUCUUAAUAAAGAUUUAUCCAUAAAAUCUAGGCCAAGUAACCAGGUUUCUCAAGACUGGAACGACGAAUCAGCUAAUGCAUGUAAUACAAUUAAACGACCUAUGAACCAAUUAAUAAAUAAAAAUAUUUCUAAUCACAUUAGUGCAAUAAAUAAAGAAGUUACAGUGAAAACAGUUGAAAGUAAAACUAUUAUCCAAGAAAUCACAACGACUGUAACAAAAACAAUAAAAACUAUAAAUCAAACUGUACAGCAGGAAGUUCAAAGUACAACUCAGUCAACAUCACAAAAAAAUCAGAAGAUGAAACCACAUCAACAGUCUAGCAAUAAAUAUCAAGGAAUUGUUGUACGUCACGCAUCGCCUAUAUGUGGAACAAAAAUUAGAAGUGCGAUGUCACCUGUCAGACCUGUUGUUGGUACUACUGUUAGACAUUCUAAUCUUAAUAAUCAGUUAGUUCCUGUGAGACCAAGGUCAAAUGUAACGAGACCUGUUACUCCGAGAAUGCCAACUGUUAAUAAAAGUGUUAGUUCUACACCAGUGCAAAAUCUCAACACUAAAGUACUCAAUACUCCUUCAAGUACUAUGAAAAGAUCUGUAACACAAGAGUCAAGUGGACCUUUUAGUUGUUUUAAAAAGCCAAAAGAGUCACUUAUUCCUGUAUCAGAUAUUCCUACUUUUACUAGUGACCGAGACGGUGGAUCUACAGUACACUAUGCGUCGGCAACACAUGUAAGCAAGACCAAUGUAAUGAAUGUUACAAAAACUGUUAAGGGUAACACAACAUUUACAGCACAAAUGAAGUCCGAAGUCAGUUCCAACUCUCAACAGCUAAGCAAACUUAGUAAUGUGUCUGGUUUAAAAAUUGUGAAAACUAGUCAAAUUAAAAGGGAUUCUAAUCUUGAACAAAAUAAUGACAAUAGUGCCUCAAAACGGACUACUUUAGAAGCCAUAGAAAAAUUGCAAAAACAUGGACUUUUAGUGAAAAAACCUCGUUUAGACAACCAGGAUAAUAAUAGUGCACAUUCAGAUGAAGAUGAAGAAAACUUUCCAAAGGAGGAAAACGAAGAUGAUGACUAUUAGUUGUUAACAUUAUAUUAUACAAUCUUUCUUUUUAUAUUAUUAUAAUCAUAAUUUCUUAUUUUACUUACCAUACUUGCUCAGUGUUUUCCCAAAGGGAAAUAAUAAAUUAUUAAAUAAAGAAAUGACACUGAAACAUAACUAUAAACUUUGUUUUUUUUUUAUUUUUCUUUACGAAGAAGUGUAAUCGAAAACAAAUUGUUCAUCAUUGAAAUACGAUAAAAAUAUAUUAAAUAUAAUUAAUAUAAUUUCGUAAUUAGAAUUUGAAGCGGUUGAGAUUUGAACACACGGCUAUGCCAAAAUAAUGUUUUUGCCAUUAAGUUACCGCUCUCGUAGACACGCUCUUAGAAAUUAUCAUUCAAAUAAACAAAAUUUUCUAUCCACCAAAAGUCUAAAGUGUAUCGCUAAAGGCUUUUGUUGUGCUUGUUAAUAAAAAUUAAGACUUAUUUUUCAAAGUACCGUUUUUCUUUAGAUACAUAAAUAUACAAAAACAAUGUAAAUAUGCACAUAUUGUGAAAAUUUCGUAAUAUCCAUAAGUUUAGGAACAGUUAUACAUUUGUGGGGUAUCGUUUUAAACGUGGGACAUUUAAUGUAUUUUGACAUUGAUCUUGAUUAUAUUCUUCAUUAUCCUGUCUUGAUUGAGAACAGUACCAUGGACAAUACAAAAUACAUUGGCGUUCAUUGGACAACACAAAAUACAUUGGCGGUUAUGAUACUCCUCAUGUAACUUUUAUUAUAUCAUGCCUCCAUACCAUCUGAUUUUACAAUUGGAUCCCACCUUUCACGGCAACUGUUUUUUUUUUUCAAAAAUAAUCUUGCAAGAAUUUUUGUAUCUGGCAUAGCAAACUUAAACUAUAAAGGAUCAAUUAUUUAGUUUUGAAGAUUGGCACAGAUAAUAAACUUAUCGUUUAUUAUUUCAAGUUAGUAGGACUUUUAUUGCAUCUGGGUAAGUGCAGUUUACUGCAACUUAUAAGAACAAUCUAUACCCUAUCAUUCUUAAAAUAUUAUUGUGACUAAUUUUACGUUUCCCUUGUCUAUACAUCCUCAUUUUUUCAUAUUAAUUUAUAGAAUAUAUUACAUACAGAAAUUCUUCGCAUAGAAAGUUAAUUAUUAGUACAUUUUUCUUGCUUUGGAAACUACUGAUAUUUCCGUCCCAUUCAUCUUUACUAUGAUUACAGAUGAAAGAGUACGUUUCAAGUUCGCUUGUGAAAAAGCGGUUUACAAAAGCUAAUUAAUUGGUAAUAAACUUGUAACCCCAGUCUGUGAUGCUGAUAAGGGUGUUUAAAAUAAUAUAAAAAUUCGGCCGCAGCAUUGUACAGUCACAUAGAUUAAUAUUUUAAAAAAGUUUUGUACCGUAUACUAAGAAAAUUUAAUAUUAGUUAUAAUUAAUUUCAUUAUUAGUUAAUUGCAAUACUUUUGUAUGUCUUGUACAUAUACGUUACAUGUAAAUAAAUAUAUUUAAGAUUUAUAUUUAAGUGACGUAUUAUGUAUAUUUAAACUGCAAGUUUGCAGAGUUAAAAUAUGUAUGUGAUUAGAAUUUUUCGUUUAAAUUUUGUGGGUUACUGAUUGUUCCUAGGUUUAUAUAAUAAAAUAUGUGAAUCUA